AUGGUUAUUCAACUUUUAUUAAUUCAUCUUACAAUAAAGAAAUAUACUACUAGCAAGAUCAAAGAUGAGGAAGAAGCAACAUCUGAUUAUGAUCGAUUAUUGGAACUCAAGGCGUUUGAUGACACAAAAGCAGGGGUCAAGGGUCUUGUAGAUGCUGGGGUAACAAAAAUUCCGCAUAUGUUUGUUCAUGAUCAAGUCAAAAUUGAUCAGGAGUUGAGCUAUGAGACUUUAAAAUUGAAGGUUCCCAUAAUAAACUUUGAAGACAUUGACAAGGAUUCAGCUCGGCGUGCUGAAAUCAUCAAAGAAAUUACAUAUGCCUAUGAAAAAUGGGGCUUCUUUCAGAUAGUCAAUCAUGGAAUUCCAGGACGAGUUAUUGAUCAAAUGAUAGAUGGUGUGCGCAUAUUUUUUGAGCAGGAUCUUGAAGUAAAGAGACAGUUUUAUUCACGUGAUUUCACGAAGAAGUUUAUACAUAACUCAAACUUUGAUCUUUACUCAGCACCAGCAUCUAAUUGGAGGGAUACCUUUUCCUGUGUUGUGGCUCCUGAUCGACCUGAUCCUCAAGAAAUACCUGUUGUAUGCAGGGAAAUUCUGAUGGAACACUCCAAGUAUGUAAUGAAGCUGGGGCUGAGUCUAUUUGAAUUACUCUCAGAAGCUUUGGGGCUUGAUCAAAAUCACCUAAAAGACAUGGAAUGUGCAAAGGGGCUUUACCUUGUUUGUCAUUAUUAUCCAGCUUGUCCUGAGCCCGAAUUGACAUUGGGCACUAGUCGCCAUGCUGAUAGUGGCUUCCUCACACUGCUAAUUCAAGAUCAAGUUGGUGGUCUUCAAGUCCUUCAUGAAAAUCAGUGGGUUGAUGUCCCUCCACUUGAUGGAGCUAUAGUUGUUAACGUUGGAGAUCUUCUACAGCUUAUUACAAAUGACAAAUUUAAAAGCGUCCAACACAGAGUUGUUGCCAAGAAAAUUGGACCAAGAAUUUCAGUAGCAAGUUUCUUCAGGACGCACCUCAAUGAAGCUUCAACAUCAAAAGUAUGUGCCCCCAUAAAGGAAUUGCUAUCAGAUGAGAAUCCUCAAAUCUACAGAGAGACCACCAUCAAGGAGUACCUAACACAUUUCUACGAGAGAGGGCUUGAUGGUACCUCUGCAUUAUCACAUUUCAAGUUGCAGAAAUGAAGCCUCGAGAACUACUUGUCAUUGUUUUGAUCAUUUUUAU